UCCGGCCUGUGCUGGUAGCGCGAUUUCCCCUGCUGUGGGUGUAGUAAGAUGGCGGCGGCGGGCAGCUGGUCGGAGCGGGUACUGGAGCUGGUGCUGCGGAUGAACAGUCUGCAGGGGGGAGGCUGCGUGCCGUUCUGGGUGCAGGGGUUCCGCGUGGGCUGGGCGCUGCAGGGAGUGGCGGAGCGGCUGUGCCGAUACCCAGACGUAUUCACUCUCGCCGAGGGCCCGGGUCCCGCCAAGCUGGAGCUGAGUGAGCGCUUACACUCCCCGGAGGAGAGGACGGCGGCGGUGCAGGAAGUGAUGGCGGAUCUGCAGAGACAGGGGGCGUAUCCGUGCCUCCGGGAGUGGAGGGAUGAGCUCUAUGAUGUGAAGCGCCAGUUCUCGGAUGCCCCCCUGCUGAGCAUGGAACGUGCCGCCACACCUCUGCUCGGGGUGCCACGUUACGGGGUGCACAUUAAUGGGGUUCAGCGCAGAGGCUCCCAGACGUUCAUGUGGAUCGCUCGCCGCUCGAUGACCAAACCCACGUACCCGGGGCAACUGGACCACCUGGCAGCCGGGGGCAUCGCCGCGGGGCACGGAGUCUGGGCGACUCUGCUGAAGGAAUGCACGGAGGAGGCUUGUAUCCCAGAAUCCCUUGCUGCCACUGCCAAGCCCGCUGGCACCGUCAGUUACGCCUACCAGCAGGAGGGUGGCAUCUACAUCGAGUGCCAGUUUGUCUUCGACCUGGAGGUGCCCGACUCCUUCCAACCCAAAGUGGGCGAUGGGGAGGUGCAGGAGUUCUACCUGUGGCCGCUGGAUCAGGUGAGAGAAGCCAUCGCCAGUGACCAAUUCAAGCCCAACUGUGCGCUGGUGGUGCUGGAUUUCCUGCUGCGCAAUGGGCACCUGGACCCGGACAAAGAGACCCACUACCCAGCGCUGGUACAGAACCUGCACCGCCCACUCUGACUCCUGCACCGCCCACUCUGACUCCUGCACCGCCCGCCCACUCUGACUCCUGCCCCGCCCGCCCACUCUGACUCCUGCCCCGCCCACUCUGACUCCUGCCCCGCCCACUCUGACUCCUGCACCGCCCGCCCACUCUGACUCCUGCCCGCCCGCCCACU